CUCUGAUGUCUCCGUUCUACUCACUCAACGUCUUUAUCGUCGCCUAAUCACACACAGCUAUCGCUCUAAAAGCACACGAUGGCAGAUCCUCUCAGCAUCGCAGGAUCUGUGGUAGGCAUCACUGCUGCCGGCGUACAAGCCUCUGUAAAGCUUUACGCACUCGCGGAAAAGGUUGCGACAGCCAGUCAAAGAGUUACAAGCAUCGCGGAUGAUGUUAGCAGCACAUGCGCAAUUCUCAAUCAAGUGCGCGAACUCAUCAUCCCGCAACCUGACGCGCAAGGCACUUUGAAAUCGGUAUUUAACUCUACCGCUCUGCACGACAUCUCACAUGGUCUUCAGCGCUGUCGAUCGGCUUUCACGGAGAUCGAAGCUCUCUUGCGUCGUGCAUUUGAGCAGGUGGGAAAGCGCCCUGCCUUGCGUUCGAAGAUAGAACUGUCCCGCUUUGAGAAGGCCAAAUGGCCUUUUUUGCAGCCGCAAUUUGACGAACUACGCAACGAUCUACGAGAUGCGAAAGGAAAUCUUAUUCUUAUGAUCGCUGUGGCUAGUCUUGCCCUUGCACAAAGAGAUGGGCGUCAGCGACCGAUCCAUGAAACGGAGAGACUGGAGCUCGGGUCAACCAUUGUGCAGCUGCAACAAGCACGUAUAAGUAAUUCAAAUGACCAAAACAGUCCCAAAAGGUCUCAGCAAGAGGGAAUGAGAUCGCGACAACUCUUUGGACAAUCAAUGACCGUCGGUCCCGCAAGAGACACAAGAUCCGAGCAAACUUCAGUCGUAUCUGUUGAUCCCGAUUCAGGGUUCAGAACUGUGAAAUACAUGAGAGCUACUCCACUCAGUCCACAAGAAGAUACGAUACCCACACCGCUUGUCAGUGAGAGGACCAGCGACCCAUCUUCGGUUGACGCCAAAAUUGGUGAUGCAGACAUGUCUUUGCCAUCUGUUAGCAAUGUCCAAAUGCAAGAGCAAUGGAAUUCUGAUAUGUUCAACCCAUCUAUCGAAGAGGCAAACAUCAAUUCGGCUAUCUUAUCACAUACUGCAGCUUCCACGGCAUGCUUCGGACAACAGACACGCGACGUUUCGGGCAUGCUCCAAGAACGCCAUGCCCCUGGGCACAACACUCAUCGAACUCCAGCACCUGCAAUGUCAGCUUCAGAUUGGAGUGCAGUAGAUCUGGUCUAUGAAGAACAGCCUGGAGCGAUCGACUCUACAGCUAUGCCGUCAGCCCAGCGCGCGAGCGAGAAUACACUCUACUAUUGCGGAUGGAUCACAAGACAUCUCCAGGGGCUCACAACUGGUUUUGGAGAUUCCGUCUCGAUCACACAGAUGAAUUUACCGGAUCAAUCGCUCGAAAAACUGGUCAAAAACUACGCCGACGCAGGUCUCGAUCCUCACAUAAGCUUACUGGACCUCACUGAACAACAGCAAGACAUCAUCAAGCAGGUGACAAAAAACAAUCUUGGCGCAGAAUUAGCAUAUGUCAGUAUCUCGCGCGAUAUCAAGGUGUCCAGCGUGUUUGGUAUGCUCGAUAUAAGUGGACUUAAGUGGAUCGCUGCAUCUAGAAAACCUUGGCCGAAGCGUGAACCAGUCUGUCCGCAGUACUUUCCCCCUCCAUUUACUAGACCCCCGCCAUCGCUUCCUGGGAAGCCAUUCCUAUACCCUUCUUCCACAAAGACUACUGAGUCUGCUCUUCCACCACAGCGUGCGCAAUCUUAUCGAGGAGACCUUUAUGGACCUCCACCUCCUCGGCCUUAUGGCUACAUGUCGUCUUCCGCUAACUCCAGGCCUUUUCCGCCAGCGCCACCUUCCGAAGAACAGCGUACAGACAGUCGCGCGAAAGAAAGGGCAGAAAAGCACCUAGCUGAGAAGGAAAAGGACCGAGCAGUAGCUAGAGAGGAGUCUCGCCGUCUUAAAGAUGAAGAACGAGGUCUUAAGGAAGAAGAGCAGAAAGAUCUUGAGAAGGAGCGGUCGAAGCCUCCAACGACUGACUACUUAACCAAACCACCAUCUGCAGCACGCAGAAUGUCCUCAACUAUAACGCCAGCUCAGCUAGCAGACCAGCAACGCCUGAUCGAAUUCGAGAAGGCACAGAUGCGUAGCGAGAAGCAGAUUGCAUCGCAUCUCUCUGAGACAAAUACAGGAUAUGAGCAAUCCUUACAAUACCCAGGAUGGUACGCUCAGCAAUAUCAACCGCCCGCAGAAGAGAACGGAGAAGAUAUUGUGAAUGAGCUCCUUGCUCGAUGGACGACUCUGGAAAGACCUGACUAUAGGCUAAAGGACGACAAACACAGGAGGUAUAGUCGUCGAUAUUAAGCGCUGAAUACAGACAUAUAGUCUAGUAGGAUAUUCUCUUUCCAGACUCCUACACCGGAGAAUUCUGUCUUCUCUGUUGACAUGCAAGAAAUUCUGAAUUGAUCAUAUGAUGAUGAUGAUGAUCCAAACAGCAAAGAUAGCCUACUACUUGACUUUUCUAGCCCGAGUGCAGAUGUCCCUGGUAGUGAGUAAAAGACUGGAUCAAGAACAGCCAUGCUGUACUUAUUGCAAACCUUAAUUACAGUACAUAACAGCCG